AAAAAAAAACAACCCCUACACCACGUUCGUCGUAACUGCUCUCACAUGAUGACUGCGCUGAGACGCGUCCGGAGAUCCAGCAGUAUUUUCACGUGAGAGUUUACGGAGACACGGCGAGAAGGAUCGGACAGAGCGCUUCGGCCUGGGAUGGACAAAGGAGUGACGACAACGCCCGCUCUGCAGACAGAAACAGCCACAGUCUCACUACAAACAGCGGGAUACAACAUGGAUGACGGAUACCUGGAGGCCGUCGUGGGAGCCGUCAUCGCCACCGUGGUCGUGGUCCUCCUGGUGGUGGCGCUGGUCGUGGUCCGGUACAUGUUCCGGCACAAAGGCUCCUACGUGACCAACGAGGCCAAGGGGACGGAGUACGCGGAGACGGCGGACGCGGCGCUGAGGAGCGAUCCCGCGCUAAAGGACGCCGUGGAUCAGAGCAGAAAGGAGUACUUCAUAUGAGUGUGUGGACUGGUUUUGACACGUUGGUCCAAAGACACAUAAUAAGUCAAAGCGUUGGCAAUUUUGCACUGUUGUACUUCACAGUUCUAGCUCUAGUUCUAUGUAACAAAUGGAAAUCUACUGUUUGUUUUGUGAUUUAUGUUACAAUUGCAGCAGAAUUUUGAAGGAGCUGUAUCUGAUUUCAAACCAUGAGUCAGGAACAUGUUAUAGUUUGAACUUUUUCCCCACCCACUAACUUUCUGACGUCACCAAAAGCAGAUGGAGGUCAGGAAGUAAACACAGAUGCGCAGAAUCCCAUUUACCUCUGUGGUUACACCCUUAUCAUCAGAAGGCCCCCCUAGUCAGAAAAUCAUGACCUCUUCUAUUGGUUUGUCAGCAACAUAUCUCUUGAACAAUUGAAUGUAUGUUUGAUGAAAGCAACAGGGAAUAAUCCCUAGGUACAAGGGAAGAAUCAGUAAACUUUUGGAUGUAUACUGAUUAAAAAUGGCUGCAACAUCAAAAUUUUUAGAGAUAUUGACAGGAAAACACAUAAUCAUGCAUAACAGCAUUAGCUAAGGCCAGCAUUACUUAAUUUGUUGGUUUACAAACCCACCAAUGCCAUAAGAAAAAGAUUUAAAAUAAAUUUGAAAUGAAGGUUGUA